UCAUGGACACGCACGGGGGUGGGGCCCUUAGAGCUAACAGCAGACCUAGCAUAGCUGACCGUUGAAGAGGAAUGUGACCGCACAUAAAUACAGAUAUAUAGAUAAUUCUAUGUUGCAGGUUAUGCAUUCAACUAAACAUCGACGCAUUGUUUUGCUCGUAUAGUGGACACAUUCGUCGACUGGUUGUCUUUAUAACAAAAACAUUAUGGAUGCAGUGAACGCUUUCAACAUGGAGUUGUUCUCCAUGAUUGAAAUGAAGCCUCCGAUAUCCCGUGCUAAGAUGAUGUCUGUAACAAAAUCAGCCAUCAAAGCUAUCAAGCUUUACAAGCAUGUUGUCCAGAUCGUAGAAAAGUUUAUCAAGAAGUGCAAGCCAGAUCUAAAGGUCCCUGGUUUGUACGUGGUUGAUUCUAUUGUUCGACAGUCACGGCAUCAGUUUGGUGUUGACAAGGAUGUAUUUGGACCUAGAUUCUUGAAGAACUUCACAGAUACCUUUCAAAACCUUUACCACUGCCCAGAGGAUGAUAAGAGCAAAAUUCUUCGUGUCUUGAACCUGUGGCAGAAGAAUGGUGUGUUCGAUAUGGACAUCAUUCAGCCUCUAAUGGAUAUGGCCAAUGGACCAGUAGUACCUCCCCCUACACUUGCAGUUCCAGUUCACUCCCAAACGGUAACACAGCCUCCUGUCACUAGUGCCUCCGAAGUGCCUGCUGUACCCCAGUUACCCACUCCUGAUGCUUUAGCGGCUGUGGCACAGCUGUUUCAGUCCCCCCAUGGUCAGGAGCUCCAGAGGAUGCUCCAGAGCUUCCAGCAGGCAGAUAAGAGCCUUGCUACCAUUUCAAACAACAUACCAAACCCACCUCAGAUGCCCGUGGCGCAGCUCAACCAGUAUAAUGCACACACAGAGAAGAAGAGCUCUUUAGCCGAGAAACUCCUUGACAGAUUUGACUAUGAUGAUGAACCUGAUGAUAUAAUGGCUAAAGAAGGAGCUGCCCAAAUACAAGGCUUUCCUGAAAAUGUAUUCAACCAUCUUCACGGUCAGAUGCCCAACACAGAGAAUGUUCACCCACAUAUGAUUGGUCAGCCUGGAGGUUCUGAGCACGGCGGAGGAAUGAGUCAUGUUGAACGUCAAAGGAUGCCAGAUGGUUACCCGCCCUCAAACGAGGCUUAUCCACAGUCGCAGGAAAAUUCAAGAGAAAGCUCAGCUCUGAGGCGGGAGGGCCGACACAGAGGCUAUGGGAGGAGAUCAAGGUCCAGAUCUGGUUCAAGAUCUCCAAGGAGAAGAAGAUCAAGGUCUUCAUCUCGCUCAAGAAGGCCCAGGCACAGACGCUCUCGUUCACGCUCCAGAGAACGACGCUGGAGAUCUCGCUCUGGUUCUCGAGACACAGGAGAAAGAGAGAGAGACAGGGAGCGCAGACAGAAGGGUCUCCCCAGCAUAAAGAGCCAAUCACUCAGUGUUUGCAGCACUACACUAUGGGUUGGACAACUAGAUAAGAAAACUCAGCAGUCUGACGUGAUGUCCCUUCUGGAAGAGUUUGGACAGAUUGAUUCCGUCAAUAUGAUUCCUCCGAGGGGUUGUGCAUACAUCGUUAUGGUUCACAGACAAGAUGCCAACACAGCCUUAAACAAACUCAGUCGAGGGUCAUACAAAGUCAAUCAGAAGCCUGUUAAGAUUGCUUGGGCGUUAAACAAAGGUAUAAAAUCAGCUCACAAAAAGUUCUGGGAUGUGGAGCGGGGAGUUACCUACAUCCCCUGGAACAAAGUCAAAGUGGAGGAGUUGGAGAUCUAUCGAGAAGGAGGCAUUCUGGAUGCAGAGACUCUUAAUCCAGAUUGGAACAAUGCCAAGGACCUCCAGAAGCUGGCAGCUGUUAAUGGAGUAUCGGAAAGUGUACCAGCAGAAGGGACCAUAGCUGCCCACAUUCAGGUGCCACCAGUUGAACAGACAGUGCCAAUUGGAAGUCCAGCUGUUUUUCCUUCCCCCAUCAUGCUGUCCCCCACAGGCAUGCCUCCGGGUGGAGCUCCUUUCAUCCCCCCAGAGUUUGACCACUCGAAGAUGACACCAGCAGUCGGAAGUGUAAAACCUCCAGAGAACCCAAUAAAUGAUUCUAUAGGAGACAAAAGCACACCAUCCGAUGCCCUCACUGACCACAAGCUGGGCUCUCCUACAGCACCAGUAAUGAACCUGCCAGGUCCAGGCAUGAUGCAGGGUCCCAGACCGGGUAUGCCACCUUUGCAGCCUCCUCCUGGCAUUCAAAAUCCUCAUAUACCUCGCUUCCUCCCACCUCCUAAUAUGCCACCCAUGCCCCCUCAAAUGAUGCCCGGAGGUGCCAUGUUUCCACCGGACAGGUUUAGGAUGCCCAUGCCCUUCCCCCCUCGUGGCCCUCCUUUCCAUCGACCUCCCCCUAUGGGACCAGGCGGCAUGGAUGACAGAGAUGGAAGGCAUUUCCAAAAUGUGAGGCCAGGUUUUGGUGGCCCCCCUUUCCCCAGAGGGAGGUGGUAGAGUGACAAAGUGAUGAUGGACCUGAAGGAGAGGAAGCUGAAACACAGAGGACAGAUAUGAAUUAAUAUCAGACUAUCUGGUUCAGUGAGGACUAAUGUGAACUAUUGGAAGUCUGGAAACUUGUGAUAAGACUUUUUUUUACCACAAGAACAUUUUUUUAGGGUUCAAAUAAACACUGACGAGACAAUGUGUUCUGAAUGUUGUCUGUGCUCCCUUGAAAUCACCAGAGAAGAGACACCUUGCUGUGAAUAUUGCUCUUGCUUUUAGUUGUUUUAUAUCUUUUUGUAUAUUUGAAAAUUGCUUAGCUCCUGCUUCAGUCUGUUAUCCUGGUAGUAGUAGGUAAAACACAGGGAAAGUCUGUAUUUUUGAGCUAAUGCCCUCACCAGAGUUUGCUUUCUUUGGAUAUGACAGUGUAAUCUAUAAUUCAUACCUUUUGGGUAUUUUGUUUUUUUAGUGAAAUGCCUUUGUAACACACUAAUGUUUAUCUCCUCACCAGAAAAGUUGGAUUUCAUUUAAAGCAGAAAAGGAUUUCCUGUCCUGCCAGUAGAGGGUAGAAUAAACCCUGUUACCACAGCCAACCUGUCUUGUACAUUAAGGUCACACCUUGUAAUCAUGUGCUGUGAAUAUUAAAAAGAGGUACUACCAUUUGA